AUGGCACUGACGUCCUGGUUCAGGUGGAAUGAGCCCAAUUUAAGACUUUCCCAGAGGAAUCCGGCAGACAUGGUGGUGGAGACCUUAAUGAUGGAGCUGAGCUGGCAGAUGAAACAGGCCGAGAAGCAACAGCGAGAGAAGGAGAACGAAUAUAGGAAGAUUAAGACUGGGGUGGACUACAGCUGGCUGGUCAGUUACCCCAAGCACAACUACGACAUCAGCCCGGUGGAGAGGCUACAGCUGGAGGACUCAUGUAGCACAAUCCAUCCGUCGUACUGCGGCCCAGUCAUCCUCCGAUUUCGACAGAUGGUUGCAGAGUAUGAACCAGAGGUGCAGGAGGUUCCACGUCUCUUCCGGGCGGUUCUUCAAGAAGCUUCUGAGAAGAUAAAAGAAGAAGAGGAUGCAAAGAAACUUGCAAGGCAGUGGAACACAAAGAGGGCUAUGAGCUUGUCCCUCACCACCUUCAAGUCCCGGGCCAGGAUCUACCCAUUCAUGAGUGACAUUAAGACCAUCUCUGAGGAUGUGGAGCGGGAAGUGGAGCCCACUCGCAGGGUCUGGAGCAUGCCAGAGUUCAGAACCACCAAAGAUGACCAAGUCCAGCCGCAGAGUGGAUGACAAUAGGAAGACCAUUGAGGACAAUUUGGCCUUUGUUUUUUGUGUUUUUUUGCACUUAUUGGAAAAAAGAAGUCUGACAUUUUUAGAAACUGCGUAGGCAUAGAUUUUGUUCAAAGUUGAACUCUGAGAAAUAACAUUUCUAGUAAAUGCUGACCAAAGCUGUA